CUAGUGUUAGCCCGGAGGUGUGGGUCAGUCUGUGUUUGGUCCGGUGCUUGGCAGCUGCUUGUCGUGCUCGGUCUUGCGUGGUUCGAGGGUUCGGGUGAUAAUAACAGUAACAUGGCACUCAGAGGAAAUGGAACGCUUAUCACGCACAACAACUCGACCUACAUCCCACCUUCCUUAAUGCCCGGGUGAGCGACACAUCUGCCAAAUGGACAGAACCAUAAGAGACGAGUUGCCUACGGCUUGGAUAAAAUAAGUUAAUAGCAUGUUAUUUAUUUACUUUCUCAUUUGUAAAGAUACUGCUAUGCUACUAUGUUCCAACUUCAAAGUACUUGUAUGGAGACACAUUCGGGAAUGCCACCAUCAAAUACUUUCAGGACUUCCGCAGCGGGGCAAUGGCCUGCAGCACGAUCCCGUACAACCGCGGUGGGAUGUUCCCGUCCAUCUUCUCCAACAGCGGGCUCCUAGUGUCGGCCCAGCGGGCUCAGAGCCGCAGUCCCUACUGGGCCCGUUUCAAUGUGGACUUCAAACGCCAGGAGGCGCUGAAAAGCUUCGGAGAACUCUCUCAGAAACACAGCUAUAAGGACAAGACAGGAAAACGACUUCCCGUCAAACACUUUGUCAUCCCAGUGAAAGAGAGCGAAAAAUACUUCUGGAAGCAGAUGUAAGAUCUAAAGUUGUGUAGUCAAUAUAUAUAUACCUGUAAUGUUUUUACAUGUACCUUUACGUACUAUUGUGAACAGAUGCGUAUAAAACAAAAUACUACUGAUGCAACAAAAAUAUUUGUUACUUAGACUGUCAUAACUGCUUUCAAUUUUUAGAAAACACAUUGUAGGCUAUUGGCAAUGGACUUGUUAAUGCCUUGUAGUCUGUAUGAACUACAUUUAUAUAUUAUUUCAAAAUAAAACAUACUCAACCACACAUUACAA